AUGGCGGCGACGGUAACAGACGUUCCGGCGAAAGAGGAGCCGGUGGCAACCAAGACGGCUGAAUCGGACAUGGCGGGGGUAACUUUCGUGGCGACGGUGGAUGAAAAGGAAGCGGCGGGAGCGGCAGAUGAGGAGGAAAAUGUGGCGGUGGAGGCGGAAGUGGAGGCUGUGGCGGAGGAAAAGGUGGAGGCGGCUGCAGCGCCGGCGGAGGAUGAGGAAAAGGAGGAGGCGAAGGCGGCGGAGGAGGCUGCGGAGGAGGCGACCGCGAAGGAAAAGGUGUUGGCGGCGGCAGCUGCGGCGGAGGAGUUGGACAAGGAGAUUGCGGCAGCGACUACGACAACGGAAGAAAAGGACUUCGAAUUAGUGCCGGGGGUUGCUUCGGAGUUAUCGGCGAUACACACUAAGACGACUCGCGCAUCUAAACGUGACAUUGAAAAAAUGGACAAGCCUCGCCCGAAGAGACGCUUGGUGCAUCUGUCGACGGCGACAAAGGCGCCUACACAAACUGCGAAGUCUUCCAUGCAAGAACCCAGCAUUAUAGAGGUAUAUGAAUAUUGCAACGAUACAUUUCAUUAA